CGAGAUAAGAUUGAUUCUGUCACUGUCAGACACUUUGUCGUCGAUUUUAUAGAUUUAGUGCAAAAUAACUUAAUUAGGUCGAUUAGUUUUGUGAUAUUUAUGUUUCGAUGAAUUAAAAAUUAAGCUAGGUGCUUAGUUUCUGUGUUUGAAGUAUAAUUGUUGUGAUUGUGUUUAAUUAUGUCUUCUUCAGGGGACUUUGGAAAUCCCCUCAGGAAGUUUAAACUAGUGUUCCUGGGAGAACAAAGUGUUGGAAAAACUUCUUUGAUUACGAGGUUCAUGUAUGACAGCUUCGAUAACACCUAUCAGGCUACAAUAGGAAUAGACUUCUUAUCAAAAACGAUGUAUUUGGAAGACAGAACCGUGAGACUACAGUUGUGGGACACUGCAGGACAAGAGAGGUUUCGCAGUUUGAUACCCUCCUACAUCAGAGACUCCACUGUCGCUGUGGUCGUCUACGAUAUUACAAACGCAAAUUCAUUCCACCAGACGUCAAAGUGGAUUGACGACGUGAGGACGGAGCGAGGCAGCGAUGUGAUCAUUAUGUUGGUCGGCAACAAAACAGAUUUGUCCGACAAGAGACAAGUAUCCACUGAGGAGGGAGAGCGCAAGGCCAAAGAGCUCAACGUCAUGUUUAUAGAAACUAGUGCUAAGGCUGGAUAUAACGUUAAGCAAUUGUUCCGAAGAGUAGCAGCGGCUCUGCCAGGCAUGGACUCAACAGAGAACAAGCCACCAGAAGAUACUGUGGAUCUUCAAACCCAGCACUCUCAGCAGAAUGACCAACAGGAUGCGGAGAGUGGCUGUAUGUGCUAAAAUAAACAAUUUUUGUUAUAUUUUUGGAUAUUGCUACUGAAAUUGUACUCUUUGAUAGUUUGAUAUUGAAACAGUGACGUGGCUGCUACAAUUACCCCCCCAAGUGCUUCAGAGAAAGAGCACUCUUCUGUUUCAAACUGAUUCUGUUCACAUUUUGUUUUAUAGCUUUUGCUGCUCAAUUACAAAGCCAUUCAUCUUCAGCUUAGAUAACUGCAUUGUCCACAACCUGUUUUACAGUUAACACUUAGUAUUUGGAACCUUUUUGUUUUAUAAGGAAUAAACUGUGUUAUAAAAUUA